AAAAGGGGGCGAGUUUAACGUGAGAGGAAUUGUCAUAUUCUGUCUUUAUUCCUACAUAUACUACAGCGUAUCUUUCUUCAUCGUACGGACUACGGAGGAUUUUGCCUUUCCCCCUCUCGCUGACUCGCCGCCGCCACUGCCCAGAUGCAACCUUAAACGCUUUCAUGAAGAAACAAACAUUUAAACACAAAGUGGCUCCUUCAACUUCACCUUUGCUUCAAUAGAUUCUGUGAGACUGUGAGUAUUUGCUGAAGUUUAUACUCUCUGUGUGUGUGUGUAUAGCAAUCCAUGAGAUUGUUAUUCUAUCUCUGUGCUGCGAUUCUUGAAUAAAUAAGUUGUGGAUUUGCGAAAAAUUUCUGGGAAUUUUAUUACCAAACUGUUCUGUUGGGGGAUUAUUGAAGCACACUGUUCAAUUAAUUUGGUAAAGGUUUAAUCUUGUUCAAAUGGAAUCGAUAUUUGCUGGAACUAAGGGUUUGGUGAAGAAUGAUGGGGCGUAUUUACUGGAUGCUAUUCUGCCAUUGCUGAAAUUGAUUUGCUUGACUGUUAUUGGCCUGAUUCUUGCACACCCAAAAACCAAACUUGUCCCCAAAGCCACUUUUAGGCUGCUUAGCAAGCUUGUAUUUGCUUUGUUCUUGCCCUGCACCAUAUUUAUUAACCUAGGGGAGACAAUUACUCUCCAGAAUUUUACAAACUGGUGGUUCAUACCUGUGAAUGUGAUCCUUAGCACUGCAAUUGGUUGUUUAUUGGGGUAUUUGGUUGCAAAAAUAUGCAAGACACCACCAGAGUAUCUUAGGUUUACUGUGAUUGCCACGGGUUUUGGGAACACGGGCAAUCUUCCUCUCGCGAUUGUGGGUUCGGUGUGCCACAGCGAUGAUAAUUUUUUUGGUCCUGAUUGCCAGAGCACUGGGGUGUCAUAUGUGUCUUUUGCCCAGUGGGUUGCUGUGAUUCUGGUUUAUACGCUUGUUUAUCACAUGAUGGAGCCCCCGGUGGACUACUAUGAUGUUGUGGAGGAUGGCGUUGAGAUUCAAGAACAAUUACCGCCUGUGAGUGAUCUGAGUAGGCCGUUGCUUGUGGAAGCUGAGUGGCCUGGGAUGGAAGAGAAGGAAACCGAGCAUUGCAAAACGCCCUUCAUAGCAAGGACUUUUGCGAGUGUCUCGAGCAUUUCACAAAGUUCAAUUGAGGAACUUGAGUUCCCAGAGGAAGUAGGUUUAAAGGGUCCAAUGUCGAUUCGUUGUUUGGAUGAGGAAGCGGCUCCGAGCACCGUGGAGUCGAUUAGGUGCUUGGUGGAGCCACGGGUGGUGAGAAAAAUAAGAGUUGUUGCUGAGCGAACCCCAAUCCAGCACGUCCUUCAGCCCCCAACAUUGGCAACACUACUAGCUUUCAUCGUUGGAAUGGUUCCUUCCUUGAAAUCCAUCGUUUACGGGGAUGAUGCUCCCCUGUCCUUCAUCACAGACAGUUUAGACAUAAUGGCGCAAGCAAUGGUGCCUUCGGUGAUGCUGAUUCUCGGGGGAAUGCUGGCAGAGGGUCCAAACGAGUCUAGACUUGGCAUUAGAACCACAGUUGGCAUCAUUGUCACAAGACUUCUCGUGCUACCCUUGGUGGGAAUCGGGGUGGUUGCCUUGGCCAAUAGAAUGAGCAUUCUGAUCCCCGCGGAUCAGAUGUACAGGUUCGUGCUUUUGCUGCAGUACACAAGCCCGAGCGCCAUCUUGUUGGGAGCUGUGGCGAGGUUGAGAGGCUACGCGGUUAGUGAAGCCUCAGCACUUCUCUUCUGGCAACAUGUUUUCGCAUUGUUUUCUCUGUCAAUGUAUGUGAUCAUCUACUUCAAACUACUGUAUUCUUAUGUUUAAGCUCAGCUUAUUAAUUAGAUGCCCUUGUUAGCAUAUACCUAUGUUGUACUCAAUCCAUAAUAUGCAGACAGCUAAACAGUGAGUAUUUGAUUAUAUCUGAUGAUAUUUCUGUUAUAUGAAUAUAAAUGUGUAAUCCAA